AUUUCUGAGGGUCGGACGGUAUAUUUUAACGAUAAGGUCACACUGACUGGAAUGUACCUGCAAGGCAAGGCGCAAAAUAAAAUAAAAGUGAACAUGGAUAAAAUCAAGUAAAAAUAUAUUAAAAUUCAACCAAACACCGAGGACGGCAAGUGCAAUUCGAAAUGGGCUCUAAGGAAACAAUGAUUUUGUUUGUCUACGACACCGAGUGUCUGAAGGAUGAGGCGGAUGAUCCGAUUAAGGCGGUGCUCUACUUCCAUCCCAGCUGGGUAUCCGACUACCAGAAGGUGGCCCUCUGCGGACAGCUGAUGGGAACAACGUACUUCCUCAGGGACUGCUUCUUCAAGCCCCGUGUUUUGGCCCUGCAGAAUGGAAAGUUUGUGCUCAAGGAAUUUGGACGCUUCACCCUGGCCGUCGGAACGGAUCGGAAUAUUAGUGAUGAGAACCUGGAACAUCGCGCGGAACUCCUGAGCUCUUUGCUCAAGUUCUUUCAUCGUGACCUGCAGACGCUGUACGACCAGUACGCGCAGCCUCCAGCCCUUAACACCAGGAAUCUGUGCGACAAACUGUACCAGAUCUUCGAGACAUAUUUGCCCAUGAUGCACCGCAACGGAGACACAUUCCAGAACGUUCCUAGACUUCGCAUGCCCAAGACCGCCAGUCACAUCUUCCUGGAGGCCAUACAGGUGCUGCAAAGUUGCCAGGAGACAAAGGGCAUUCUGGGCGGAGUCAUUCUCUAUCACAACAAGGUGGUGGCCUCGCAGCUGAGCGACGUGGUGACCAAGAAACUGGUCCUGACCGAUCCUCGUCACAUCCGCAACGCGGCAGAGCAGCUGACAACGCAACAGUUUCACGUUCCCUAUGGCGUUCAGAUGAUGGUGGUCUACUUGGAUCAGAAGCAGUAUCGACAAAUGGUUGCGGAUGCACAGCGGGCCCAGAACCUGCUGAUGAUUACGUCGCAGACACAGAGCGGGAUGCCCUUUCAGAGUGCCAAGCGGAAGCUGAAGAGGGACAAGUCCCUGAUCUUCACACACAUUCCCGAGGACGAGGCGGCCCCGGUGGACCCUUUGGCGACAAUGCCAACAGCCCGACCCAAGUCGAUGAGGCCCACGUUCCUGCCACUGCGGCACAAGAACAUGCACAGCAGGGAGCUGCCCGAGACCAGCACAGGGGCAAUAAACUUUGACGAGACCGACUCGUAUCCCGAAUAUAUUGGACGCACUAGUGUGUGCAACACACCUAUGACGGAGAACAAGGUCCUGCCGGUGGCCACUGUGAUGUCUAUCUGCGCAAAUCCCGAGGAGGAGCCAGUCGUCAAUGAUGGCUCCAACUUUAGUGGGAAGGCAGAGUCGCGCCGUCAAUCCCUGAAGGCGGAUGUCGAGAAGUUCUUCUCGAACUUUAUUAUCAAUCCGAGCAAGCAGUUUACCCGCCGCAAGUCCUCCGCUGACCUGCAAGACGCCCUGCGAGCCAUCUCAAAAAAGAUACGUAGCUUUACACCAAACUUUAGACCGGAUGUCAACCGGAAUGGGAGCGGCAACGGCAGUGGCAGCAGCAGUGAUGAGCUGUCUUCGCCCUCUCCCGACUACUCGGAGUACGAUGAGAACAGCAGUGCCCGGACCAUCAACGACCCCACAUACCCGGUCUUUAUCGCCAACGGCAAGCAGAUCUCGCGCAACCUGUUCCAGCAGUUUCUCGAUCAGUAUUACAAGCUGUGGGGCGUCGCCAGUGCGCAAGCCCACCACGAUGCCGAGCUGGCCGCUCUUGUGGCCGAGUUCCAAGAAUUCAACAAGGAAGUCAAAAAGCUGGACGAGCACAUGCGACAGCAGGCACUGGCUGAAGGUUCGGACGAUCCGAAUCUCAAUCUGGAAUCCCGACAACUGGUCAAGUCGCCGAUGGAAAAGAGCUCCAUGAGUCUCCCUCUCAAGCCAGCGGGAGAUUUGUGCUUCGGAGAGCCAUCUGCAGCUGCUCCCCUUCAGCGAGGCGCCGGACGGAGUGGAGCUGGUGCCGUGCCCUUGACUCCCCUCAUGGCCAAACUCUCGGUGUUGGCCCUCAGCGAGACACCUUCCAUCGAGAUCCUGACGCCUCUGACCAGCAGCAUGGCCUUUCCAUACCGCAGUUCUAUGAAGUGUGAGGACGCAAUGGACGCCUUUGCUGCACUGUCCAUUGUUCCGGUGAAUCCCGCUCCUAGCCUGGCGAAUGGCAUGCAGCGUACGGAACUGUAUACCUGUGGACAGAAGAACAUGACGUUGCUGCUGCUCAUGGAGGAGGGGACCUCGCAGAAGCAGGACGUUGUCCAGAAGAUGUUUGACAUUUGCGUGGCGAAAUUUCCCCACAUGGAAUCUCAAUUGAGUCAAACUCUGAGUGUCAAUCUGGAGGGCGAUAUGCCUGAUUACAGCAACUACAGCUUCAUGUGCGUGGAUGCCAAGUGGGAUGUGCUAGAGCGCAGUGGACCGUGGAAUUCGUUGGAGCUGAAAGUUGUCGAGAGCAUGCAUACCGCUGAUGUCGAUGGGAAGCACGGUGGGCUGACGGACUUGAUUUUACGAUCCCAGGAUUCCGUUUACUAUGGCCACAAGUGCGGACGGACAGAGUUCUACUACAAGGAGCCGACCCACCAAAUCAACGGCAUACCGCCGCCCUCGGAUCCAGUAAGCAACAUACAGAACCGCGCCAAGGCGCAACUGGAGCGUGACCACUCCUACAUGCUAUUCUAGGACGUGGCUUGACAUGAAUGCUCAUAAGAUAACCAACCGUACAAUAUGAAUACAUAUUGAAUACUCGCAUGCUUAACCAAAAACAAAAAUUGUUAAUUGGGCUGAUGCCCACACAAUAUGCCAACUUUAUGCCAUCCGCUGUUACUUACUUUGCCAUCCCUAAGUGUCCCUGACCGUCCUUUGUAAGCCUCUUGAAUUGUGCUUGGAGAACCGAGAAUUAUCUACCAUCCUGUCCAUAUCAUAAAGUGAACAAUUUUAAGCAAAAGUUUUACUUUUUAUAUGAAUUUUACAAGACAAAAGAAAAUUUCUUUGAACGAUUUUAAAAACGGGUCCUCUUGAUCUCCUUUUGACCACAUUUUUCUAUGCACAAUUCAAGCGGCUUGUGCCUGGAGUCGGACCAAAAAUAAUUUUAAAAACCAGACUCCUCUCGUGCGAGGAGUGCAGCUUCCAGCCAGCGAAUUCAUUUGCAUUUGUUUCAUCUUUUGACUUUAUUGAGAUGUAAAGUACAAGAAAUAUUUUAAGCUUUGUUUACAAUGUCCA